AUGAAUGGUGCAACAUAUAAUGUUAAAUCUACAAUUCGUGUGGUAGAUAAAGUUCCUCCACAGACUGCUUGGUUGAAUAAAUAUCAUCAAGAGAUAUUUGCUAAUCCACUUGUUGAAUUUAAGAGUGCUAAUCUAAUUAAUUCUGCUUCCUGCCAAAAUGCAUUCUCUGAUUCUGAGGGGACAUUUGAUUUUGUGGUUAAUUUUGCAGCAGAGACGAAGACUGGUCAAUCGGAUGCUGUAUACAGGGAAGGAAUCGUUAAACUCAGUAUCAAUUGUGCCAAAGAGUCUUGCAAGCAAAAAGUCAAGAGAUAUGUUGAAAUAAGUUCUGGACAGGUUUAUGCCAAUGAAAAAAUGCCGUCUAAGGAAACUUCAAAGUUGGAUCCAUGGACCACAAUGGGAAAACUGAAGUUAGAAGUUGAGAAGGAACUUUCUUCUUUUUCUGAUCUCAAUUAUAUUGUACUGAGACCCGCCAUUGUAUACGGAAAAGGCGAUAAACAGGGACUUACACCACGACUGGUUGUGGGUGCAGUAUACAAGCAUUUGGGUGAAAUGAUGAAGCUUCUUUGGACUAAAGAUUUGAAAAUGAACACCGUCCACGUAAGUGACGUCAGUCGAGCUGUUUGGCACGUUUGUAUGAAUGGAAAGAAGGGUGAAAUAUAUAAUGUUGUGGAUAAAGGAGAAUCGACACAAGGUAAAAUCAGCAGUAUUAUUUCGGAUAUCUUUAACAUCAAUCAUGAUUAUUUCGGAUCUGCCAUGUCAACAUUUGCAAAGAUGGAUCUAAAUAAUUUAGUGGAAGAAAUUAAUGAUAAACAUCUUGGUCCUUGGGCUGAAGCAUGUGCCAAAGAUGGAAUUUGCAAUACUCCCCUUAAUCCUUACUUACAUUCAGAAUUGCUUAAUGAUAAACAUGUUAACUUGAACGGAAAUAAGUUAGAUGCCACGGGAUUUGUUUAUCAGGUGCCUAGUAUAACUAAAGAAAACUUGAGAGAGGUCAUAGAUGACUAUGUUGAAAUGAACCUCUUUCCCAGGUCACUGGCACUGUGAUCAGUGCUAGAAGAAUUGCUCAAUUAUUUAAGAACUGUUUCAUAGAAAUGUUCUUCCUAGUCACGAAAAAUUGCCAAGAAAUUACAAAUGAAUCGAAAGAGAAUGGAAUGUAUAUUUCUGCUUUUAAAUUAGAAAUAUUUUUCCGAAUUUUUACUAUAGUAUUUUUUUAUGAAUUUCUCUUUCGUAGUGUUGUUGAAUGCUGUAAGAUAUUUUAAAUUUCCAAUAAAAUUAAUUCUUUA